CUCAGCGCUUCCGUGUUUUCGGUCCUCGUGCGCUCACUGUCGUUACUUGGUUUUAAUCAACUCAAUAAUUGGUUAAAAUGUUUAAAAAAUAUUCCAGUGGUCCGAAGCUCCCAACGAUUACUCUAACUAAUGAAUAUGUAUAAAGAGAUAAGGUUUUUGUGCUGAUUUAGAUAAAGAUGUCGGUGAAAAACAAAUAUAAUUAAGCGAAUUUAAAACCAUUUAAUUUAAUCAAAACAGUGCGAGUUUCCAAAAAGUGCGUUUUAAUGACUAAAAAUAUUCGGACAUUAUUUCAAUAAACUUAUUGGACACUUUUAUUUGGAAGUUUAAGGAAACAUGGAUGCCACUCAGCUAACGGAACUAAUGAGCAGUCAUGACUUCAUGCAGUUGCAACAUCAGUUGCAUCACAACAACAACAAUUACAACACUGACGGACACAAUGGACUAUCUUCAGAGUCGGCGGAAGGGAGUUCUCGACCAGUACGACGAGCCACUAGACGCACCUCACAGUUAAGCAAUAACACUUAUGACCUGGAAAUGACAGAUUCCAGCUCACAGAGUGAUGACACGAGCGGCGGCGGUGGCAGCAGCAACGGAGGAAGCACUACUAAUACAGGGCAUCCGUCAGGGGGUUCCCAGGGCGGCCAGGGUUCUUCUAGUCGCGGACGGGUUCAGCAGGCUGGCUCAGGUGCCUGUCCAUCGAAUCUUACCCCCAAUAGUGCCAACUCCAACUCCUCCAAUGCAAAUCUCAACGCCAAUAGGCGGCGCAAGGGGGCUCUAAAUGCCAAAGAACGGAAUAUGCGCCGUCUGGAGUCUAACGAACGCGAGAGGAUGCGGAUGCACAGUCUGAACGAUGCCUUCCAGUCACUGCGAGAGGUCAUUCCGCACGUGGAGAUGGAGCGGCGGUUGUCUAAGAUCGAAACGCUGACACUGGCUAAAAACUAUAUCAUCAAUUUGACGCACAUAAUUCUCUCUAAGCGAAACGAGGAGGCCGCGGCCUUGGAGCUAAACUCGGGAGCCGUUGGUGGGGUCCUCCUUUCUAAUCUUUCCGCGGAAAGUGGUGGCGUGGGAGUAAGUGGCAUUGCUGCCAAUACCGGUGCGGCGACGCUCUGCUUCGAGGACGCUUUGGCCAACGGAAGCUCUUUUGACUGUGCCCUUCUGGCAGCCACCGAUGGCAGCCUGUUAAACGCUGCCGGAGUAACCGCCAGUCCUGCAAUGCAGAGCCUCCAGCCACAAGCCAUACACAUGCAGACGCCGCUGGAGCAGCAGCAGCAACAACAACAGCAAGCCAGCCACCUCCCACACCACCAGCAAGCGAUGCAUGGCCAUGGCCACCUGGGGACCACCAUGAUGCAGUCACAGCAGCAGCAGCCCACACUUAUACUCAAUGGGAAUUCACCAGUGGGUGUUGGUGUUGCAAUCGGGGUUGGAGUCGGAGUUGGAGUGGGAGUUGGAGGGGUUGGUGUGGGUAACAAUGCAGCUAGUUUUGCCGAUAUCAACGAUAAUUUCGACGAGCCCUUUCGAGAUUUUCUCUAAGUCAUACGUGAUCGUAAAUAAAGUUUGGUGAAGGGAUAUACACAUGUAUAAACACAAUUGAAAGUCAAAAUGAUAUUUAUGAACCACAGAUCUGCUGACUCCCCGGCUUGAUCUUCAGCCCCGUCGAGCUAAGAUUACGAAAAAGUUUGAGAGUUUUGUUUAUUUGAGAGAGCAUAUACAAAUUUAUAUCGGGGUUUUUUUUUAAAUUUUUUCUUUUAAAAAGUCGAAUAUCAGUUUGUUGUUUCUUAUUUUAUAGCCGUAUUUUUGGCCUGGUUCAUUAGUAUAAUUAUUAAAUCGUCACAAAGACUAAACUUGUCUUUAUAAGAGCUCUUUCUUAGCUUAGAAUUUUCCAGAAUCAAAUAGUAUGAAUAUCAUACACGUCUCAUCUCCCCAGUAAAAGUUAUUUUAACAAAUUCUAAUAUCAACAAAUAUACGUAUACUUUAGGUAAGACAUAAUACGCUGAAAAUAUAUAUACAAAUCAUAUAUUUAAAGGCCCUGUAAUAAGGCCGAUACGACCUAAUUAAGUAGCACAAAUCAGACAAGCUUUAGGUACAGCAUUAUCUGAAAAAUCCAUCCCAGAUUUUACAUUGGCACAUUUAUAUUGAAAGAGAAAAAUACGUAGAAAAAAAAGUCCCAAUAAUGCUGCAAGGUUAAAGUUUUGUAUAUAGGUUUGACUUAACGUAGGCAGUUCGAUUUUUUUCGAAUUUAGUAGUGGACUCGAAAAAGCUAUAAACAAACAAAUUAGUUUACAUCAUAUCUUUUUCUAUAACCUUUUCAGCGUCUGUAAAAACUUAAUAAGGUAGUGUUUUCGGGUAUGUACAUAUACGAAUAUAUUUAUAGCAAAGUGUAUGUAAUGUAAUGACUUUUCAAAAACAAUGUUAAACGGUUUUCUUAUAUUUUAUGUUUUAUGUUGGGAAAUACACGGUAUUUCUAAAAAUAACAUAAUUGCAAGCACGUGAGAAGUUCAUUUGGCUUAGCAUAGAGUCAUCGCUUAGUUUUCAUUUCAGAGAGGUUCGACAUUCUGUUUACUCUCUGCACAUACACACGUGAAAUGUACAUAUGUAUAAUUGACAGCAAUAGCAACAAAAGCAAGGAAUCAAUUACCGUUAACUAGCAUCCCAGCCGUUAGAACGUCGGUCUUCAAAGUGACGCCCCAAUACGUUAAUUUACCACCCAUGAUCUUUUUAAUGCACUUGAAACUUGCGAUGGAUGUAUGAGUGAGACAGGGGCGAAGCGGGCAGAAAAACAAUUAACACACCGAAACUGAAAUUGGCACACUUCCGUUAUGGCCCGCCGUACUGAACACACAGUGGGCGGAAAAGGGAUGCCGAUAUCAACGAUAGUGACGCUCGGUCGGUAAACAGUAAUAAAAUAACGGUGCUCAGUCGGCAAAGUCGGGAAAGUUAACGGGCGUAGGAUGUUGUGUGCACGAGGGAGGGUGGCUUGUAGGUAUGGGUCUUAGCUAUAAUUAAGUGAAAAAUAGGGUGGCUUUAUCCCCAUGGGUGUUGAGUUAAGCUUGUUGACUAUAUUUGAUUAGUCAGGAUUUCGAAUUUUGGGCAUAUUUAGCUUGAUGGAUUUGUGUAUUUUCUGUGUAUAUAAAAUCAGGAAGUUGUCUCUUCUAAAUUCAAAGAUAUGCAAGCAUCUAGUCAAUGGUAGUUUUGAGCACUGAAUAUCUAAAAGCUGUCCAAAUUGUUGUUAGUUUUAGGCAAACAGUUGAUCAUUUCGGGAGAUUUCUUAUGUAUGGUACGUCUUAAAAACGCUAAGUGAACGGGAAUGGUGGGGGAUUAGCAGUUAGGCAAGAAAAUCGAAAUUAGUAAUGGUGGGGUCUUUAGAGCAAUAUUCUUAAUCGGACUGUUAUUUACAUCGAACAAAAGUAAAUAGUCAGAGUCAUGAGGUAGUCUAGCCGAAUUCUGUUGCGCACAGGUCACAGAAACCGAAGAAUCGUAAAUUACUGGAAUUGCAAUAUAGAUGUUUAGCAAGAUGGUAGUGUUAACGUUUUCCAACGGGAACAGUCUAUUAUAAUAUAUAUAAUGUUAUAAAAAGAAACCCAAACUAAGCAAAUAUUACUGUAACAAAAUACUUAUUAAAACAUAUUACUCGUAUUGUAAAUAAUAUUAGGAAGGAAUAAUGA